CCGGCACGCUGGCCCCGCCGGAACGUCUAGCCGUGUAUCCGCUUGUGGAAGUGUAGUAGUACUGCCCGUCUUAUCCUUUCCCAGCUCUCCUCCACACUCGUCGAACAAGCAUGGAAGUACAGAAAGAAGCGCAGCGCAUCAUGACCCUGUCCGUGUGGAAGAUGUACCACUCUCGCAUGCAGCGAGGCGGCUUGCGCCUCCACCGGAGUCUGCAGCUGUCCCUCGUCAUGCGCAGCGCUCGGGAACUCUACCUCUCAGCCAAGGUAGAGACCCAUCAGCCCGAGCUCCCGCCAUCCGGCAGGGCCCUUGACCCUCGCCUGCACCCGCCGCGGGAAGCCGAAGCUGCCGUGAGAGCAGCGCUCCCCGACGCCGAGCAGCCUCCGGAGCCCAUGGAUACGCAAGAGGAAGUACUCCGAGUCCAGGAGACCCCAGCGCUCUGUGACCGGACCCCUGCCAGAGUCAGUCGCAAGCGCCGGAGCAGCAACAACCUGAGCGACGGCGGGGAUGCUGGACUGGUACCGAGCAAGAAAGCCCGUCUAGAAGAGGAGGUGGAGCCGGUGGCGAUGUCGGAGGUGCCCGAUCGCCUGCAGCAUCCUCCCGCACAAACCGAAGGCGCCUUCCCUAACCUCGCCCGCGUCCUCCAAAAGCGCUUCUCCAGUCUCCUGAACUGUGGACCCGCCGUGCCCCCGCCGACACCCCCCACGUGCGAGGCCAAGCCAGCCUGCCGCCCGGCCGACAACAUGCUCAGCGUGCUGGUGCGAGCCGUGGUGGCCUUCUGAGGAUUCCGAGCGGCGCCACCGGAGCCGAGAACGCACAUUUUUGAGGCGAGGGCCGACAGGGCUCGAGAAAGAAGAGCCGCGGUCCGAGCCGCCGAGAGGCCAGGGGAAGGACUGAGGAGCUGGGGGCGCGGGCGCCUUCUCCCAGACGUGCGUCCACAGGUGCUAUUAAGGGAUUGUCCCUUCCUUGACUGGAAGAAGGGACACCUGGAUCUCGAAUCUCAGGGUCGGACUCUGUAGGGCCCCCGCUGCCCUUUCAAGGCCGUUUCACUAGCAUACUCGUUUCGGCCCCUACAAGAGGCACGCUUGUGCAAGCAGUCAGAAUUGCGUCAUGGGACAGACGCCGGUGCUUCCUGUUGCCUUGCGUGGGUGUGGGGCCUGGGAGGAGGCCAGGGUGUGGACCCGCCCUAGGGACUGGGAAGUUACUUGAGUCACCUCGCCCCCACAGGCUGCUUGCUGUGGGUGAGCCGGCCUUCGGCUGAGAGCCUGGACUGGACUGGACCAGUCAAAUCUUUCUGCAAAGAGAAGUGGCGUGCCCGGAUACCCCCGGACCUGUCAGCCUAGACUCGUCGCCUGGCGUGGACCACCUCGGGAAGGGUGGGCAGCUGGUCGCAGUUGCUGGCUUGGACACCUUCGGGCAGGAAAGGACAUACUUUUGCCAGAGAGUUUAAGAAAGUCUGUUUACUUUUGCCGUGGUGGGUUGUGUUUAACGCUCGUCUACCUUGCGUUUUUCUAUGUCAGCUAGGAAAAUAAAGACCGUUGGUGUAAAACGAG